AUGAUUGGAGAUACAAGACUUCUGCUGGAUAGUAUCCAUUUCAAUGAAAUGCGGUCAGUGAUAAGGUCUCGUUCGGUGGCUUGGGAAGCGUUGUCGAGAUCAGAAGAGAUAAGCGAUGAAGAAGCAACCUAUGCGAAGCUAGUCGAGAACGUAUUGGUUAAGAAGAGUGUUGAUAGCAAGGAAUUGAAUGUGAAUGAGAAUUUGAUACGCUCCUUAGUUCAAUUAGUAGGGAACACUCACAACAAGGAUUGCAGAAAAUCAUCACUUAACUUGGUUGCCGAAUUACUUUCAUCUGAAACACAUUAUAAACAAACUGUGGAAGUUUUCCAAGAGGACAAGCAGCUCAUGAGAGAUUUAUUCCAAAAUUCUUUUCAAAGUGAACAGGAGAUCAAUGACAGCCAAUUCACACUGAUUGCCGCUUUUAACAUGGUCUCACUAUUGACUCAGGAGAGCUUGCAGGACAGUAAACUAGUUGAGGAGUUAUUGACCGUAUCCGAUGGUCUGUUACUGAAGAUCCUGACCAACUUACAGGAACUGGACACAAGUUAUGUCUGUAUUCGUCUGCUGCAAGAGCUUGCUGUCCACAAGGGCUAUAAGCUUAUAAUCUGGAAGUAUGAGAGCCAGAUCUUGCCAACGCUGUUCACAAUUUUGAGAAGAGCUAUUGACACCAAACACAAGAACACACCAUUAGGGUUCUCAAGUUCCACAUCUACGUCGAGCAAUUCGUCACACUCGUUCCACAGAUCAGCAAGCAGUGCACUAGUACCAAACGCCAACAACUUGGUGAUCCAAAUACAGUACUAUUCAUUGCUGCUGAUAUGGGUGUUGAUGUUUGAGCGUAAGGUUCAGAAGGAGUAUGUGACCAAGUACCUCACUGAGUACUUGAACCUUUUGAAGAUCAUGAAGGUCACCAUCAAGGAGAAGAUAUCUCGUGUAAGUAUAUCCAUCCUUUUGCAAUGCCUAGUUGACGAGAACGGUGAAGUCAAGGACAAGAAACUGAUCAAGCAAUUGUUGUUGUUAGGCAACGCGUUACCUGUCGUCGAGUCCCUCACAGAAAGAAAGUACACGGACCAGGAGUUGAAGGACGACCUUGUUCUGUUGAAGGACAUCCUGGAGCAAGAGUACAAGGAAUUGACAUCGUUCGAUGAGUAUAUAGCCGAGGUAGACUCCAAGCUGCUGUGCUGGUCCCCUCCACAUAUAGAUAAUGGGUUCUGGGUUGACAACAUAGACAAGUUCAAGUUGAACAACUGGGAGUUGUUCAAGAAGCUGAUAAACAUCCUGGAGGACAUCAAGCGUGACACGAACGUAGACAUCAACGAGAGCAAGACCAAGACCAUAAUCGAAGUCGCACUGAGCGAUAUUGCCCAUGUUGUCGAGUUGUUACCGGAGAGCAUCGAUGUCUUAGGUAAAACUGGUGGUAAGCUUUUAAUCAUGGAGCUGUUGAACCACAGUGACUCCCGUGUCAAGUACGAAGCAUUGAAGGCAACUCAGGCCAUCAUCGGAUACAGAUUUAGAUAG